AUGGAGAGUGCUGGGUUGCCAAAGAUGGCCAAGGAUCCCAAUGACACGCCAUCGAUGCCAUCUACUCCAAUCUACGUUAGCGAUGCCGUUCAAAGCGUCUUGUCAGAGGCCGUUGAUGAUAUGGUAUCAGCUCCACUGAGUCGUGUGCUCGUCAUCUAUGUCGGUGGAACAAUUGGAAUGAAAAACACCCCAACUCACGGCUAUAUACCUGUACCUGGCUUUCUAUCUCAAACUCUAGCAGCUAUGACUCGUUUUCAUGAUCCAGCUGGGCUAGCUCAAGCACAAGGACUGCAGAGCUUGAAUCAACCAUUGACGAACGCUGUCAACAUAUCCCUUCGUUAUCCAGAUGGCGAAGUAUCAUCAGCUUGUCAAAAGCACGACAACCUUUCUCCUACUGGAACCAUAAACGGUACUCCAGUCUUCAAGACUCGGAUUCCUGCACUUGUGACGCCUGAAAGCUUGUAUGGCAAGAGGACUAGAUAUUCGAUAUUGGAGUAUGAUCCGCUGCUAGAUUCAUCAAACAUGACAAUGACGGAUUGGGUCAAGAUUGCAACGGACAUUGAAGUCAAUUACAAGUUGUUUGACGCUUUUAUCAUUCUUCAUGGCACUGACACUAUGGCUUAUACUGCCUCGGCUUUGUCUUACAUGUUGGAAGACCUAGGGAAGACAGUGAUUCUCACUGGCUCUCAGAUUCCAUUGGCUGAAGUUCGAAACGAUGCGGUUGAGAAUCUCCUAGGAGCACUCACUAUUGCUGGCCAUUUCGUGAUUCCCGAAGUGGGUCUUUUCUUCUCGCACAAGCUAUUCCGUGGUAAUAGAUCAUCGAAAGUCGAUGCUGUAGAUCUCAACGCAUUCGAUUCACCAAAUCUACGACCUAUCGUAACUGUUGGGGUCAAUAUUGACGUCAACUGGAAUGAAGUAUUUCGCCCCACCACGAUUGCCAAAUUCCGAGCUCACAAAGUCCUCAAUCCAUCAGUCGCAGCCUUGAGAAUGUUUCCUGGUAUUACUGUAGCCACUGUCAAGGCAUUCUUGCAAGCUCCCAUCGCUGGUGUGGUAUUGGAAACUUAUGGAGCUGGUAAUGCUCCCAGCAAUCGACCUGACUUGUUGGAAGCUAUACGAGAAGCAAUUGAGAGAAGGGUUGUCGUGGUCAACUGUACGCAGUGUCUAAGAGGGCUUGUGUCAGACAUGUAUGAGACUGGGAAGGCUCUUGUUCAAGUCGGUGUCGUUCCUGGAUCAGAUAUGACUUCUGAGAGUGCCUUGACAAAGCUGUCUUACUUAUUGGGUAAAGGAUACGAUCCAGAAACUAUACGUGUCGAAAUGCGUCGUAAUCUAAGAGGUGAACUGACAAUAACCUCUCGACGUCCACGAUUCUCUUACGAUCAUCGUACGAUUCAACUCACACAAGCUGUGCUGGGUUUGGUCGGUCAAUCAUACUCGUCGUCAACAAACUCGAAUGGAUUGUCACUCCUUCAAGCUGGAGGUAGAUCUCCUUCAGAGAGUGCAGUAAUUCAACCACAAAUAGACAAGCAGCUAUCAGUUAUAGCUGAUCAAUUGAGUCCACCUUUGGGACCUAGCGGUAGUUUCUUGCUGAAGGACGGUGAUGAUUCUGGUAUGGAAAGGGCAUUGAUACCAAUGUUGCUAUGUCAAGCUGCAAGGAUUGGCGACGCUGACGCCAUUCAGACAGUCGCUCAGAACUUCCCAACUUUCAUCAGCGUGGGGGAUUAUGAUGGCAGAACACCCCUUCACAUUGCUGCAUCGGAGGGACAGCUGGCGGUUAUUGAAACACUGCUUGUUCAUGGUGCUAGUCUUCACUCUCGAGACAGAUUUGGACAUUGUCCACUUUUUGACAGCUGUAGAUCCGGGAAGCCGGAGGCUUGCAAGCUACUGCUCAAUGCGGGGGCCCACUUUUCAGAGGAGGAAUUGGAUGAUAUAUCUGGAAAGCUCGUUGCGGCUGCCUCGAAAGGAGAUCUUGAACGAAUGGGUCUUUUCGUGGAGAACGGAGCUGACAUUAACAGGCCUUAUCUGGAUGGUCGAACUCCACUUCACGCGGCUGUAUCUCACAAACAGUUGUCGGUGCUCCAGUAUUUGGUUGGGCUCUCUGCAACUAGCAGUCCAUUCGUAAGGGCAUCAACACCUAUUGCAAUCGAGAGUGCCAGAGAUGGAGUGCCAAUGACCAAGGGUCCAUCAUCAGCAACUUCCACAAUCCUGGUGGUAAAUCUCGAGCCAACCGAUACUCUUGGCAAUACUCCAUUGAGUGAAGCAAUCACUUCUGGAUGGAGUGAAGGAGUUGUCGUAUUGGAAGAAGCAAUCAAACACAAAGGACUCAUAAAGUAA